AUGAAUUACACGGAUAUAAUAACGGAAAUUACAACCGAGUUAAUAUCGACGACGGAUUAUGUACCGUCUUCGGAAUAUUUGUCGUCUACGGACUUUUUGAAGACCACAGAUGUUAUGUUUACUACUGAUUUAAUUGAAGCGAGCACUUUGCCACCAGAAACCGGUGUUAGGGAGUGGCUGUUGAAUCUAGUGGUUAAGAAUGCAGCCGUCAAAGGUAGCUUUUGGCAGGGCUUCCUCGCGUCGCUCUCUGUGGUCAUCGUCUCGGAGCUCGCUGAUAAGACGUUCUUCAUUGCCGCCAUAAUGGCAAUGAAGCACUCGAGAAUUAUCGUGUUUAGCGGCGCUAUUUCCGCCUUAGUGUUCAUGACGGUGCUGUCAGCGGCCUUUGGAUGGGUCGCGACUGUGGUGCCGAGGGUGUAUACCCAUUAUAUCAGUGCGGCGCUGUUCGCGAUAUUUGGGUUGAAAAUGUUGAGGGACGGAUGGAAAAUGGAUCCCAGCGAAGGUCAAGAGGAAUUGGACGAAGUGCAGACCGAGCUGAAGAGGAGGGAAGAACAGGAAGACAAAGAAGAGACAGUAGAGAUGCUAGAACAGGGUCAAGCGGAAACGAAACGAAGAAAACGUAAUGCUGUACUGAAAGUGUUGCUGCAAGCAGCCACACUCACCUUUUUGGCUGAAUGGGGAGAUCGGUCGCAGCUGGCCACUGUUGUGUUGGCAACAAGAGAAGACGUCUUCGGUGUUGUCGUGGGGGGAUCGUUAGGCCACGCCCUGUGCACUGGGUUGGCUGUAAUUGGCGGGAGAAUGGUGGCGCAGAAGAUCUCUGUGCGAACUGUUACCAUUAUUGGCGGUCUAGUGUUCCUAUUCUUCGCGGUCAGCGCUCUAAUAAUGGGGCCUGGUGAAUAG